CUCUCCUUCCUCCGAUGCAAAUGAGAUGCUGAAUGGAUUUGCCACAAGGCACUACGUGAUCUGCUCUGCUUUUGCUUUCCAUUGCAUUUUCUCUGCUCCCAUCUCACCAGGCUCUCCUUUGGGCUCCGUUGCUGGUGGCUCCUUUGGCUCGAGCUUUGGAGCUGCUCUCCGGUGGGCUUGCAUGGCUCAGAUUGUGCCUGUUGAUUCCAGUUUUUAAGCCGUGGAGGAAAUCUGCAGUGAGCUGGUUGUUACAGCAAAGGCCUCGUCUAGGGCUCCAGCACAAAACGUCCAGUUGCAGUUCUUCUGACCAGCAUUGUGAUUCAAAUGCGUUUUCAGGCCUGUUUUUCGGCCAAGAUGACCAGAAUGUCCGCUUGAAUGAGGCUUGAACGUUGAGUAGAAAUGGGCACGGAUCUGCCCGGGCCAGUGGCUAUGGCGGGUGCUGUGGCGGGUCAGGUCAGGAUGGCGGGCACCAUGCCAGGACGAGGGGGCAAGAGGAGAUCAGCAGGGAUGGACUUUGAUGAUGAAGACGGAGAAGGACCGAGCAAAUUUUCAAGGUAUGAUGAUGAUCAAAUUCCUGCUGAUAAGGAGCGUUAUGCCAGAGAGAACCAUAGCGAGAUCGAGCGGCGCAGACGCAAUAAGAUGACGCAGUACAUCACAGAGCUGUCGGACAUGGUGCCCACCUGCAGCGCGCUGGCCAGGAAACCCGACAAGCUGACCAUCCUACGCAUGGCCGUCUCCCACAUGAAGUCCAUGAGGGGCACGGGGAACACGUCGACUGACGGAGCCUACAAACCCUCCUUCCUCACCGAGCAGGAGCUGAAGCACCUGAUCCUGGAGGCAGCCGACGGUUUCCUGUUUGUGGUUGCAGCGGAGACGGGACGGGUGAUCUAUGUUUCGGACUCGGUGACGCCCGUCCUGAACCACCCGCAGUCGGAGUGGUUCGGCAGCACCCUGUACGAGCAGGUCCACCCAGACGAUGUGGACAAACUCCGAGAGCAGCUCAGCACCUCCGAAAACUCAAUGACCGGCCGGAUCUUGGACCUAAAGACAGGGACGGUGAAGAAGGAGGGGCAGCAGUCCUCUAUGAGGAUGUGUAUGGGCUCCAGACGCUCCUUCAUCUGCAGAAUGAGGUGUGGCAGUGCUCCGCUGGACCACAUCUCCCUCAACCGUCUGGCCAACAUGAGGAAGAGAUACAGGAACGGUCUGGGUCCGUCUAAAGAGGGAGAAGCGCAGUAUGCGGUGGUGCAUUGCACUGGCUACAUCAAGGCUUGGCCACCAGCAGGCAUGACGAUUCCUGAAGAGGACACAGAAGCCGGUCAAACCAGCAAAUACUGCCUGGUGGCAAUUGGGCGACUGCAGGUGACCAGCUCUCCAGUUUCGAUGGACAUGAACGGACUCUCCGUUCCGACAGAAUUCCUAUCCCGCCACAACUCGGACGGUAUCAUCACCUUUGUGGACCCCCGCUGCAUCAACGUGAUCGGCUACCAACCCCAGGACUUGCUUGGUAAAGACAUCCUGGAGUUCUGCCAUCCUGAGGAUCAAAGCCACCUGAGAGAAAGCUUCCAGCAGGUGGUGAAGCUGAAGGGUCAGGUGCUGUCAGUGAUGUAUCGCUUCCGGAUGAAGAACCGAGAGUGGAUGUUGAUCAGAACCAGCAGCUUUACCUUCCAGAACCCGUACUCAGACGAGAUCGAGUACAUCAUCUGCACCAACACCAACGUCAAGCAGCUCCAGCAGCAGCAGCAGGCCGAGCUGGAGGUUCAUCAGAGGGACGGACUGACAGCAUAUGAUCUGUCACAGCAGGUGCCAGUGGGCAGCGUGCCAGCCGGCGUCCACGAGGCCAGCAAGACCAUCGACAAAACGGAGACACUUUUCUCUCAGGAGAGAGACCCACGCUUCAGCGACAUGUACACAGGCAUCUCCAACACUGAUAAGAAGAUGAUGGUGCCCUCAUCCACUGCUGGAGGUCAGCAGCUGUAUUCCCAGGGCAGUCCUUUCCAACCCGGGCAUUCAGGCAAGAGUUUCAGCUCAUCGGUCAUCCAUGUUCCUGGGGUGAAUGAUAUCCAAUCCUCGGCCGGCUCAGCGGGUCAGAACCUGGCCCAGAUCUCUCGACAGCUCAACCCGGGCCAAGUGUCCUGGACAGGCAGCAGGCCGCCCUUCUCUGGCCAGCAGCAGCUCCCGGCCCAGUCCAAUAAAGCCCAGUCAUCUCCCUUUGGCAUCGGCUCCAGUCACAGUUACCAGGCUGACCCGUCCUCAUACAGCCCCCUGUCGAGCCCCGCCACCUCCUCUCCAAGUGGGAACGCCUACUCCAACCUGGCUAAUCGCAACACUGCUUUCGAUGUGUCGGGUGAGGGCAGUCAGAGUGGUGGUCAGUUCCAGGGUCGGCCGUCCGAAGUGUGGUCCCAGUGGCAGAGCCAGCAUCACAGCCAGCAAACUGGAGAACAGCACACACACACUCAGCCCAGCCAGUCCGAGGUGUUCCAGGAUAUGCUGCCCAUGGCUGGUGACCCCACCCAGGGAACGGCCAACUAUAACAUAGAAGAUUUUGCUGACCUGGGCAUGUUCCCUCCAUUUUCCGAGUAACUGCGGAUUGAACUUUUUUCAGGGUUGUUUUUUUUUUCUCUCUCUCUUUCCAUGACUGCAGUAUCGUCGUCAUCAUCGUCGUCAUCAUCAUCGGUCGCCUUCACGCACAUGAACAGUUUUGCAUAAAUAAGUAAAUGUUACUGCACAAGUUGUUACGAUGUUUGGAAGCCAUUGUACACACAGUACAUGUUCUGGACCAUUUGUCUGUCUAACUGAUACACACACAUACAUAUGGUGCGAAAGUCUGAGACCCCUGCUCAUUUUGCUUAAUUUCCAGUCAAGUGCAUGAUCAUUUUUCAGCAUCAGGGGAGGUCCAAAAAGCAUAUUUAACAGAAAAUCAAACACACGACCCAACGACUAAAUAUAAUAUCAGAUUUUUCAGUAUUUAUGUGUCCACUCUGCACCGUCAUUCCAGCUUCUAUUCUAUCAGGAGCCUCACUUUCAGCUCCUCAAAGAAUCUGCAGACACACCUCCAAAGUUCAGUCUUCGACUAAAAGUAAUCGAACCCAUUCAGUGGUGUUGAGGUCUGGACUCUGGGGUGGUCAGUCCGUUGUACUGCUCCUUUUUUUUUCGAUGUGUCCGUCUCCUUUUCUCAGUAAGGUUCUUCUUGAAAGCUACACAUCAGCAGCUUGCUUCAGAUUUCCUCCUCUCUCUCAAAUAUGAAAGCUUUAAGUGCUGUUUAUCUAACGGGGGCAGUUUUGGUGUCCACCAGGUCUUCCAGGUGGUUGUUAGGAGCCCCAUUUUCUCAGUAGCCUGCAGUAUUUUAAAUUUCUCCAUGCACUUUCCCCUUCCUUACCAAGUGGAGUAUUUUUGAUCUAAUCUGCUGCCCUGAGCUUGUACUUAACAGCUUGUUUUGACUGUAAAUUUGCGAAAUGAAGGAUGGCCUCGGACUUUUGCGCAAUGCUGUGCACACAUAUCCAAACAUUCUCCUGUCAAGACUGGUUUUGCACAGAUGGGUAAGUAUCCUAUGAGAGGAUAUGAUAUGAAAUGACGCAGGCGUUCUGGUUUUGACAUGUUAUCGUGUAAGAUAAGUAGUUUCAGCGUAUUUUCCAUAACAAGAAGAGACUUGUUUUGUCAUUCAGUGUUUUUUUUCCUCCCUCGCACAUCAUUUUAUUGUCGCCAAACGGCAUCUGUCUGACAGAACGUGCCGAGAAAUCUGAACAUUGCACCAGCAUAACACGAUGCAGCAUUACGCUUACUGUGGAGAAUAUAGUCUAUGUAGUGAUGUCCAUAAUAUUAGCUGAACUAAUACUAGUCGUAGAUGGAUAUAUAAACAAAGUGUUACAUUUAGAGGCUUUUUUUUAUCUCCCUUUCCUUUUCCUUGGUUUAAGCAAAAGUCGCUGAACAUUCAGGCUUCAAGUGCUCUUCAUAAAAAGCUACGGUCACCAGCCUCGCAGCAGGAAAAUGUGUAGAGCAUCUCAGUGUAUCUAUCAUAGUCUUCGUGGCUGCAGCGAUUCUUCGUGACUUACUUUUUCAACUAACGACAUGGACUUUUACGGUCUAGAUCUUUUACACGAUUAAACAGUGGAUCGACAUGAAGGACUGAUGGGAAAGACUUGAAACGGAUGAAAAAAGAAGACCCUUUUUUGCUAAAUUGUGGAUGUUUUUAUGUAAAUAAUGUGAUUUUUAUGUCGGAUCAUGAUUUUUUCUUUUUCACAAACACCGCUACAUGCGUUCUCGUGUAGGUUUAAUACCAUCGUGUGCAAUGUGGGUACGUAUUUAACUCUCGGUAUUUAGUUAGUCUGUUAAUUGUACAAUGAGUUUAGACUUGUAUAAAUUGUGUAAAUGUGUUCCAUUAUUUUUGUGUAACGUUAUGGCGACAGAAUUGUGCUCGUGACAAUAAACUCAUUGAAUAUGUGGCUUUCAAUCAAA